CUGAUCCGUAUACAAAUGUUUAUGAGGACAGAGUACCCAUUUUUGCUAGUGCAGGACUCCUAUGCAAUUGUUAGUAUGUAUUGGUCUCUGAAUGCAACCUCUUACUGUUUGCAGGAACAGAAAUCAGCUGGGAGGAAAAAUCCACCUGCUCGACCAUUUGGUAUGAUUAUUAAGGUCCAGCCACAAGCGAAAAAAGCUAAGUUAGAUCCAGGAACUUCGGAAAAACCUUCAGAUGUAGUGAAAAUCCCUGGUGUUGAUCCAGAAAAAUCUUCAGAGCCAGUGACAACAUCUAAUAGUGAUACUAGCGAGAACCAAGAUGUUGGUAUAGCUGGUCUAGUUUCAUAUAGUGAUGAAAGUGAAGAGGAUGAUUAGUGGUUUUACUAAGUGAUUUAAAGAAGACACUUAUAUUUGUCGAAUUUAAUUUCUUUUGUUGUGUUUUUGUGUUCAAUUUCUUGUGUAGACAUAGUAUAGAUGAAUAUAAACGAAGGAACGGGAGAUUCAGGGUGAGCAACUUCGGUCAGUGAUACAGAUAGCAAACAUAAACUUGUAUUUCCGUGUUUUUGUAUGUUGUCUAUCAAACAGGAACUUUUGUUCGUCCACCAGAAAAUA